AUGCAUAUUUAUGGUUCUUGUGGGAUGUGGAAGUUUGAUCCCCAAAAAGGGUGGGGAUUUGAUGUUGAUAUGAAAAAACGAGGCAGAGUACUAGUUUUGGAAUUGACAAGUUCCUUUGAAGAUCUAAGGGUUAUGGUUUUCAAGGAUUUUGGAAUUGACGAAAACGAUGUCGAGCUUGAGUUAAGCUACCUACCUAUGGAGUUAAUCGGCACCAUCGACUGUCCCCCAGUUAUCAUUGAGAAUGAUAGCCAAGUCAAAAAUUUUCUUACAUAUGUACGUGGAAAACCUUCGACAAGGUUGUGUGUGUCUACUUCGCUUAUGCAUGGGAACAACGACAGCAUUGGCGUUGAUAAGGAGGAAUCUAACUCGCCAUUCAGAGAGGUCGGUGAAGCUUCCUCGGUUUCAGCUAGAGAUGAGAGUGGUAGUUCAUCUGAUUGUAACGCGAACGGCUCAGAAGAAGAUGAUCAUCUCGCCAUACGUGGAAAAGAAGAUGAUAGGGGGAAAAGUGUUCGAUUUUCUUUGAUCGAUGUUGUGAAGAAGGGUGAAACGUUUCAAAACAAGUCGAUGUUGAAAGCAGCGUUGGAAAUGUCAGCUACGAAGCAUAACUUCGAUUACAAAGUUGUUAAAUCGGACAGAAAACUUUGGUACAUUCGAUGCAUUGACAACCAUUGCAACUGGAGUGUUCGUGCUGAAGGGUUAUCAGGCUCCACAUAUUUCAUCAUCAAAAAAUAUGUGGCGGAUCAUACAUGUGCUGCGUCGAGUAUGAAUAAUGGUGGUCGGAUACCUUCUGCAAAAACUAUUGGCAGUAUAAUAAUGCAUAGAUAUGAUGGUGUGAAAGAAGGUCCGAAGACUAAUGAUAUCAUACAGAUUAUGAGAAUGGAUCAUGGAUGCGAGAUAUCUAAGUCGUUAGCAUGGGAUGCUCGUGAAUUUGCAAUUCAUGUGGUUCGAGGUAUUCCGGAGCAGAGUUUUGGAAAAAUUCCGAAAUAUUUGUACAUGCUGAGGGAAGCUAAUCCAGGAACACAGACGUUUUAUGAAACUGAUGUUGAUGGUAAAUUCCGAUUUCUAUUCCUUUCGUUUGGGCAAUCAAUACGAGGUUUUCACACAUCCAUGCGGAAAGUUCUUGUUGUUGAUGGGACAUUUUUGAAGAGCAAGUACAAAGGAGUAUUACUUGUUGCUACAGCUUUAGAUGGAAACUCUAACUUGUAUCCUAUUGCAUUUGCGGUUGUUGACUCAGAAAAUGAUCGAUCAUGGGAUUGGUUUCUGAGACAUCUAAAGCUUGUUGUUGCGGACGAGCGUUCUCUAGCUUUUGUGUCAGACAGAAAUGGCUCACUUUGCAAAGCAAUUCAGAAUGUGUAUCCUCUUUCUCAACAUGGAAUUUGCAUUCACCAUUUGUUGAAUAAUGUGGUCACACAUUACAGAGGCAAGGGACUGGUCGGAUUGAUUGCAAAAGCUUCCAAAGCUUAUAGAGUCGUUGAUUACGAGAAGCUAUUCCAUGCCGUGUGCAAUAUAAGUCCAGCUAUUGGAAAAUAUUUAACAGAUGCAGAAGUUGGAAAGUGGGCUCGCUGUCAGUUUCCAGGAUACAGGUACGACAUGAGGACGACAAAUCCAGCUGAAUCAAUAAACUCUGCUUUGCGCACACCAAGAGAGUAUCCAGUGAUUCCUUUGUUGGAUAGCAUCAGAGAAAUGCUGACCCGUUGGUUCUUCGAACGUCGGACUUUAAGCAGGAAGCACACUAAACCAUUAACUAUUGCUAUCGAAAAAAAGAUAGAUAGGCGGAUUAGAAAGGGUAGAACGUUUCUUGUCCAGCCGGUUAACGAGCAUCGUUUUUUGGUUCUUGGAGAUACAAUUGACUGCCUGGUUGAUUUGGACAGAAGAACUUGCUCGUGUGGGAAAUACGACCUGAUAAAACUUCCAUGUCGACACGCUAUCAAGGCUGGUUUAACGGUUGGCCGAACCCCAUCCUCACUGACGGAUGACAUGUACACUACUUCCACAUGGAGAACAGCUUAUCAAGAGACUAUCAAUCCAAUAGGUGUUCCUGAGGAUAGUUGGGUUGUUCCAGAUGAUGUUCAAAAUGCUGCUGUGCUACCUCCUGAAUCAAGAAGAGGAGCAGGAAGGAGAAGAAAACGCAGAUACGAGACCGUUGAAGACAAACUCCGUUCAUCGCAAGCAACACAAGGAAAAAAGAAGCGCAAAUGCAGUCGAUGUGGCGAAGAGAAUCAUAACAGGGCUACAUGUGACAGAGCUAUUUAG